AUGGACGAAUCAACCUCAAGUAACGUUUACUUGCCAGGCGAAGACCACUAUGGCGAAGACUUCGAGGAGGAGCUAGACGAUCGCUCAGGAUUAGACACAGAUGAUGACUACGAUGACGACGAUGACGACGAUGAAGACGAAAUUGAUUCGAGAGCCCGAUUCCGUAUUGCAACAACCGCGAUGGAAAACAGGCACCACACGUUCUCUGAACCUCAGGCGCUGUACGACUUUCUCUAUGAGUUUCGAGAUGUCAUUGGCCUGGUUAUUGAAGAUUCCAAUACAUUCCUGCAUGUUGCUCUACGAUUUAUCAACAACCGCAGCGACGUCAGGUCCAGCAAUAUGAUGCCUCUUAUCCAAAGCAUAGUCAAAGACCACCCCAUACUUUUGACAAAAAGGAACUCCGAUGGAGUGACGCCCCUCUACAUGGCCAUCUCUACCCGAAAGCCACUUUUAAUUGAAGCCAUGCUGUCUGAGUGCACUGAGUACCCCGAGUGGCUAACAGCAGUCCAAGACGCAAUUGAAAUACCCUGUGUUGAACAGAAAGCCAAGUCUUGCUUGCAUAUUGCCUUCCAGCUGGCCAUACGUGAGAGAGUGGUUAUUAAGUUGGUCACAAUAGCCAGAAAUGAAGCUCUUUCACUCCAGGAUGACUAUGGACGAACACCUUUACAUUAUGCAAUGGUUAGCCGAAGGCCAAGUUCAGCUACGAUACGCCUAUUCAUUCAUCGCGAUGAGGAUAUUCUCAACAAAAGACAGCCUGAAAGCACAGCUAGUUCCGUCACGUUCUUGGAUAUUGUGGACAAAGAAGGCAAUUCAGUAUACAGGCAUCAUCAGAUAUCCCCUUUAAUGAUGGUGAACAAGCGAGCUGUACCCAGUGAGAAAGAAGUCAAGAUCAAAUCUGCUUCUGAUACGAAAAAGUACACCAACAGGGAAAGACAGAAAGUCCCGGACAGAGAACGUGAAGAGAUAGACCCAAAGCGGCAGUCAAUUAAUCAGAAGCUGGAGAGUAGGAGGGCUUCACCUAGAGAAAAAAAGGUCAAACCCAAAUCUUCUCCUUACAUAGGGAAGGUUGCAACGAAAGAAAUUCUCAACGUCCUAGACAGAGCGCAUGACGAGAUAAGCUCAAAGCAUCAGAUUUCCGUCGAUCGCCCCCUCGAAAAAGAAAAGACUGGGUUGGUCAAUGCGAAUCAAGUUAUUGAAAAGAAGGAAGAAACAGAGCGAACACCAAAGAAUCAAGCACCUGCUGAAGACUGGGAUAUGAUACUCAAAGAGCUCAAAUCACACUACAUGCGAACGCGAAAUGGGAUCAUGGUUGAGUCAUUCCUUUACGGCAGCAAUAUCAAUGGCCAGUUGCUCCAACUUCAUAUAGUUACUGAGUUCUGUGUUCGUCACAUCCUCAGGGUAGAUGUCGAAGACUCGACGGAAUUUCCACACAGCGAUCAAGCGAUCUCAGAAUCAUUCAACACAAUAACUGUCGAACAGCUGAAUUGGAGAAAGGUCGAUUUGGAUCCUCGGAGAGAUUACUCUAACUUGGAGUGGCAACAAUACGGCUUUGAGGGCCUGGAGUGA